AUGGCUGCUGCUUGCAACGCCAUUCUCAAGUCUGAAGAUGAGGAGAAUGAUCUUGAGCCUCGUCGUUGGAAGCAUGUACUCUUCGUCUUCCUGGACGAGAUGGUUGUUUCAUCUGACUUGGAAUCUGAGACCGCUUCUAUCCAUGACCAGAAGCAGAUGUUGAAUCUCCGUUUGAUGCAGAUCAAGAAGACUCUCAUUGGAGAAGGAACCAAUCAAGAAGAGAUGGAGCAAAUGUUCUUUCCCUCUUUCUUUUCGUUUCGUGUGAUUGAUGAGGAUGCCCAGAAUGAGCUUAAUCUCAAGACCAAAAAGAAGAAGGGAUCAAACGCUGAGGAGUCAACAGCUUCGGAAGGAACAAAGAAAAGCAAGAAGAAGACGAAGAAGAAGCCGAAGAAAAAGAAGAGGACAAAGAAGAAGACGAAGGACGAGGAUAGCGUUGGAAGCAACUCGAAAGCUGGAGGUGGCAACGGAACUGACGACGAGGAGAACGAUGACGAUGAUGAUGCUUCGAUGGCAUCUAGUAACAAGGAGAUUUCCUAUUGA